AUGCCACGACCCAAGGUCAAGCCGCAGGAUAGACAGCGCUCAGCUAGAGCAUGUGAUGCCUGCAAGGCCUCGAAGAAGAGAUGUGACGGUAACCAGCCAUGUCGAUUGUGUCUCAAGAAAGGGACCCAGGACACGUGCACAUACAGGCCGACGGCCAGGGGCAGGAGGAGUCGGCACUCUGAAUCCAAGUCACCCCAGGCAAGCUCCAUUGCUGUUGCCACCGAUGCCUCUCCAGCGGGUUUCAGAUCAAUACUCACCAUACCAGCUCAGCCGCCAAGAGCUCAGGUUGGCGACCGAUCUCUUGCGUCACAAGACGCGGAAGUCGACGAGGUAGUAGACGAAGAUGCAGACAGUGAGACCGACUACGUUCCAGACUCAAGAAACUCGGUUGAAAGAGCCAACCAGCAGCGACCUUUGAUGCUGUCUAGUUCGAGCGGUGACAAAGUCUUCGUCGGUAACACAGCGGCACUAUCAUUCUUACGAUUUUUACAAAAGACAAUCAAACAUUAUGUUGGGCCAUCCGGUUUCACCGACCGUCGACAUAGUCAUAACUGGUUUGAGAUGACUGGAUCGGAUGUCGAUGGUGGGAUCUUCUACGACGGCUUGGGUGAAAACGAAAAGAAGGGUCUCAUUAAUUGCUUUCUGGAUGCCUCGAGCGGGUUUCUGGACCUGUACAGUCAAGAUGAGCUUACCGAGCUUAUAAGCUUGGCUACAGAGGAACAAAAUGCCAACAAAUCGCCGGCUUCACGACCGAUAGACAGGGCAGCCCUUGCUUCACUGUACCUCAUGCUCGCAAUCGGGUAUCAGGUCAGAGGGGGGUCAAGGGAUGACCGCAUGCUUGCUUCUAAGUACUUCAAUCGGGGUAGACAGAUGGCUUUCGAGAAAAUGCUGGAAGAUCCAACCAUAAAUCUGGCGAGGGCAUUUGUUCUCCUCGCAUUUUAUAUGUUUGGGGCCUGCCGUCGAAACUCGGCAUUUAUGUACCUGGGUGUUGCAGCGAAGUCUGCCGAUGUCCUGGGGCUUCAUACCGCGGCUAAACACAAGCACGCUCCGAAAGCUGAACAAGAUUCCAGGCUAAGGGUGGCCAAGAGUAUCAGAGUUUUCGACAUCAUAUGCUCUUCCAUUUUAGGAAGACGGGGCAGUGCUCCAUCGCUGAGGUGUGUUGAUGUCACUUCUGGUGAUAUCGAGCAGGAACACAGCGUCAGUUGUCAUCGAGCCCUGGCGCUCAGAGCUACUUACGAAUCAUGUUCAAUUCUCGAGACCGUCGUUGGCAAAUUUGCUGAUGACGGAGCUCUGGAGUCUUCCUCGGCCGAGCACUUCCUUCAGCUUCUACAAGAGUGGAGCCAAGUACUACCCGUAUCCCUUCGCCAACGGCCGCAACAAGGAGACAAACCUUUGCAGGAUGAUCCAGGCUACCGAGAGAAGAUGAUUGGGAACGUCCAUGUAGCAGGGACGUACUACUUUGGUAUCAUACUCGUCACAAGACAAUUUCUUAUCCAGCAUGUCAUGCCUCAGUUGCAUUGCAAUGCAUCCAAAGAAAAGGAGAGACAACGCCAGAAUAAUCGAAAAGGGAACAACGGAGCGGACGCUGUCGCCGACCUCUCCCGUUCUUGUAUUGGAGCUGCAAUCUACAUGGCUCAGAUGUGCCGAGAAGCCGUCGAUGCCGGCGUCUUCAUGGGUAACAUGUGUAUUAUCAAAGCAUGGAUAUUUGCAGCAGGCUUGGUGUUAGGAUUCGCCCUAUUAGCGAAUGAUUCAUCUGAUACUGGGGCCCGAGAGGCGUUCCGUGGGUCGCAGCACGUCCUUUCUAUCCUUGGUCGGCUCAGCGCGCAGGCACGGCAGUAUCACAGGAUCCUCUCUACAUUUUCCGACGCUAUCGACAACUACAAGCGACAAAUACGGCGAGAACGGAAUGAGUCGGGGAUUCCUUUUGUCGAGCAAAUAUUGUCCUAUGAUUUUGCGUCUGCUGUGAGUGCACAGAAACAAGAUAAUGGAGUCCUCGACGGAGUUUGCGAAAGGAGUGCCAUUGUUGUUGAUACAGGGCAGGGCCAGUCACAAAUUCCUCUUAAUGGAGGCACGGGUAUGUCGCAACUCCCAACGCCGGACUUCAACGUGGACGACAACCCUGCUGCCGGCGAGGCGGGGUUCUGGGAUGGAAGUGACACCCUCAGCUCAAUUACUAUGUCUGAGUUCCUCCCAGAACAGUGGGCAUCACCGGCAGACAAUGACCUCAUGCUGCGAAUUCUUUGGGACGGAUACGCAAUGAGCUUUGAUGAUCCUUUAUAG